AUGAAGGUUAGCAAGGCGGUAUUUGCUCUCGCGCUCGCUCUCGCGGGACUCGGGGGGGUGGCUAGCCACAGCGCGUUUACGAAUCUCUUCGUCGAUGGCGCGGAUCAAGGCGAUGGCACAUGCGUUCGUAUGCGUAUGGACCCUGGUACAGCGACGAAUCCUAUCAAUGACCUUGAGAGUGGUGAGAUGGCUUGCGGAUUUGAUGGCACCAAAGGCGUCGCUCGAGUCUGCCCUGCCAAACAAGGAUCCAAGCUAGGCUUCGAGUUCCGCGACGUCCCCGACCAUUCUUCGCCUGAGUCAAUCGACAACUCCCACAAAGGUCCCUGCUCCGUCUUCAUGAAGCGUGUGGACUCAGCGAUUACCAACACAGGCGUUGGCGACGGCUGGUUCAAGGUCGCUUUCACUGGCUACGAUGCCGCGACCUCGAAAUGGUGCACCGAGACGCUGCGAGAGAAAAACGGCAUCAUCACCUUCCCGAUUCCGAAUGAUCUCGCUGGUGGCUACUAUCUGGUCAGACCGGAACUCCUUUCGUUGCAUCAGGCUGAUAAGAAUCCGCCAAAUCCGCAGUUCUAUGUAGGCUGUGCGCAGAUAUUUUUGGAGAGUAAAGAGACAAAGGUACCGAGUGAGACGGUCAGCAUCCCGGGGUAUGUGAAUAUCAGCAACCCGGCAGUGCUGUUCAAUAUCUAUGACCCCAAAUGGCCCUACCCCGAGCCGGGACCGGGUGUUUACAAGGCUGGGAAGAGCCCUGCGAUGACUGUACAGCGAGUGAGAAAGCAGACGGAGGGACUGCUUCCAGCAAAUGCGGAGAUGACGAAUGCGAAUUGGUGGGGUGUAAAGCUGGAUGAUUACCAUACCCAAAAUGGGUGCUGGAAUGCAAGCACGUCGUGCUACGCUCAAGUCGAGAAAUGCUACAAUUCUGCUCCACCUACUGGAUCUAAGAACUGCAGACUUUGGGAGAGCAAAUGCAGCGGUAUUCAGAAGGCUUGUGGCCAGGGAGUCUUCCAUGGACCGCCGAAGUAUUCUCCGACCGGGCCGUUGCGAGCAGGGGCGAAAAACCAGCAGAGGAGCGAUUUAAUAUUUGUCGACGAUGGACAUAACUCAUCCACAGAUCCGGCUCACUCUGCAGGAAUAAGCUUCAUUCCUAGCACCUCCACAGCCACCAUCUAUGUGCCGGUAGUGAACGAUGGCAGCGGCACAUUACAGGCCUUCCUAUCUUAUUCCAAUGCUCAACCGGAUGUUUUGUCAACGCCAGGACCGUCCGCAUCUAUGAGUCUGAGCUCUAUGUCUUCAUUGACUAUGGAUGCUGGGGGAAGCUUGCUUUCUACCAGCUCCGUCUUAGGAACCAUUGAUAAAGGCCUCAAUCCUGGGACCCUCGUUACCACGAUCUUUGUCGAUCAUAUGGCUCCCCAUGUCGUUACACUCACGUCCACCACAGACCCCGGAACUCCAGGCUCGUGGCUUCCUAGCUUUGCUGCGAGCUCUCCUAGCUCGCCAACUAGCCAACCAGAUAUAACUCCUAUAUCUCUUGAGUACACAUUGGCUAUUUCAAGUCAUAUUACAGCACCAUUGACCUUGGCCACUAGACCAGUCAACUCUGCAACCCCGGGCUUUGAGACUCCAACUCCUGGAUUGGCAAGCUCUGGUUCUCUAAGCUUAUCGCUAUUCAACUCUUUACCGACUACGUUACCAGUGUCGGCUGCUACAUUUAGGACGCCUGAUUCUCUUGAUUUUGGUGGCAAUGGAGUCACUGGGUUUACCUUUACGACUUUAGCGCCAGCUCCAGCUCCAGCUUCGGCAUCAUCGACUUCAAUUCAGUUCGCAGCUACUCUUCCAAGCUCUGGUACGACAUACAGUGUUACAGCCUCUACGGACCCUGGGAUUGAAGAAACCAGCUUUUUUGGGUCGUCUUCAACUGACACCGGCUUCCCUAGCAUUCUUUCGGGUGUUAUAACCAGUGUCACCAUCCUUACUGGCCCCGCCGGCGGACUUAGCAGCCCUAUAGGACUUUCAUCAACGAAUAUGGACUCUCCAUGUCUCACCUUCUAUCAGAUCUCGAGCUCAAUUCCAGUUAUGGCUAGCUUUUCCUCGUCUUCCGCACCAAUUUCGAGCCCAUCAACGAUUUGGGCUCGCUUGACGAGCAUAGGCACAGAUGCGCCAGUGUCUUCGACAAGCUCAUACACCCUGAGUACGGCUUCGGUCUCAGAACCCUCUUUUAACCUCGAACACACCUUCGAUGACUGCUUCCUAUUCAAACACAGCCCUAGACCCAUCAGUCUCCUCGUCAAGCCUACAGACUACCAGCCCACCAUCCUUUUCAACCACAGUCGAAGACUCAGCAGUAUCAUCGUUAAGUCAACAGAACAUGGGUCCAUCAUCCGCCACCGCCUUACUCGAAAUACAAAGCGCAACCACCGCGAGCAUCCCCCCAUCCACAUCACCAACAUACCCGACAUCGAAAUCAUCCCCGUCACCGCCGACGACGCCCCCUUCUCCGCACAAGCACAAACCGAGAUCGCCGGUCCGACCCCCUCAUCAAUCACCGCGACCAAGUGGUCACCCGACGCAACCUGCGGCGGGGGCAACAACUACGUCUGCCGGGAAUCCUGCUGCUCUGUGGACGGCUGGUGCGGUACGGAUCACGAUCACUGCGACGAGCUGUUCUGCCAGAGAAAGUGGGGGCUGUGCGGGGGGGAGGGGUUGCAGUUCGCGGGCUUCAGAGCGAGCGUUCGCGUGAAGAGGAUGCUGAGGAGGGGGUGGAGGGGAGAGUGA